GGGUGCCGUGCGCAAAAAAACGCCAAAAUUAUUUUUUCUAAAUUUUUUUCUAUUUUUAACAAGAAAAAUUUUUCACAAAAUUCUUCACAAAAUUUAUUUAUCUUUUCAUAUGUUCAAAAUUAAAUUGAAAUUAAUAGUACAAAGCAGGGAUGUCACGGGUUACCCGAAACCCGAUACCCGAAACCCGGCCUUUUUUUCGACCCGAUACCCGAAACCCGAUCCGAGAAAUUUUCUAAAACCCGACCCGAAACCCGACCCGAGAAUUUUUAUUUUUCAAAACCCGACCCGAAACCCGACCCGAGUUUUUUCAAAAUUUUCGCCCGCGUCGCAGAAAAAUGGAAGAUUUUUAGCUUAA